AUGUCGAACUCGCCGAUCAGUGCAAGCAAGUUGGAUUACUUGCUGCAAACAUUAGUUUGCAAGGAAAAAGAAAUUAUCGACAACGUCUUCACAGCUUUUAAAGGCCGAGAAUCACUGAACCAAUUCAUUUCAUCAGAUCUUAGUAAGCUGUUUGGAAUUGUUGCUGCUUACAUAGACUGUUUUCAGAGUUUACAGAUCAAGAAAAGAGAUGAGCUUAGUUCUGUACUAACAAAGUAUUACAGGGCAGAAAACAUUGAAGAACGUGCAAAUCAAUUACUAGAAGUUGAGACAGAAUGGGAUGAAAUGUUGGACCAAAUUGACAAAGCUCUUUUUGCUGAGCAGCAGCAGCAAUCUCCAACUGUUGAAAUGGAUCUGUGUAUUCCUUUGGAUCAUGCCACCCAAGUUGAAUCUCGACUAGAUGAAAUAAAAGCAGCUGGUGCUCAUGUGAUGCUUGUAACUUUUGGUCUUCUUGAUGGAGCGAGGCAGUGGUUGAAAGAAACAAAUUCUUCUUUACCUUUUUACCAAGAUCCUUCUAGAAAUUUGUAUACUACCUUUGGAUUGUCAAGAUCUGUGAAAAAGGUGUGGGGCAUGGCCUCUAUGAUCUGUUAUGCUGAACACCUGUGUAGUGGUCACACCUUACCAAAGCCUUAUGAAAAUUAUCAAGAAGAUAUUUUCCAAAUGGGUGGUGAUUUCAUCACCAACCAAUUUGGUUCAGUGAUAUUUGCCUACUGCAGCAAGACCUCAGCUGACCGUCCUUCAGUGGAUCAAAUUUUAUAUGCAUUACAAAACACCACCAGCUGUGAAUCUCAUAAAAGAUAG